UCAAGGAGACAACCUGUUACAGCUCUCUGUGUGCCAAUGUUAAUGAAAUAGAAAGUACGACACUUACAUUCUAAUCGCAAAAAAUCUUUAACUAGUUCUUUUAAAUUACUGUUGGGGUGUUGCUCAGCAGGAGUUUAUCAAGAAAGAGGGCGGUCGCGAGGAGGAGCCACCAGAUGAGCCGAUAGCGGUAACAAGUUCGGGCAUGCGUACUGAACACACAUGUUGCUGCCUUGGCGUCUUGGUGGGAGUUUCACUCCUAGCCGCCCUCGUAGCAGUAAUACUUAUGAAAGACACAACAAUAGAAAUGACAGCACUGCGGCAAGUUCAUGUGUUGAUGUCGCAUGGGGAACGCACGCCCAGUGAAAGUGAGUUGGCGAUGCUAGGAGCGCCGCCACCUGACCACGUAUUUGUGCCUUAUGGCGCUGGCGCCAUGACUAAUGAAGGGAAAAUGUUGACCUUUGAAAUGGGCGCAUUACUUAGGAAGAGAUACGACUCAUUUCUGGGACCAUUCUACGAACCAGAGUCAAGUAUAGUUAUAGCAUCAGACACGGAACUAAGUAAAAUGACGGCGUUACUAAUAUCGGCAGGCCUCUGGCCGCCGCCGGUGGAACAGAAGUGGAACGAAAGCAUGUUGUGGCAGCCGGUACCGUACACUUAUCCACCACACGACAAUGAUUUUCUUCUAUAUGAAGAAAAUUGCCCGCGAUAUCAACAGGAGAAAAACAGAAUCUUAAAUGCAUUUACUGAAGAGAGUCUACUGGUACCCUACAAGGAUUUGUUUCACAAAAUAGCCCAGAUGACUGGGACAAAUUUUAGCACGCCGCAAGAUGCUUACAAUCUCAACAAUUUAUUUAUCAUACAGGACGAUAUAAAGGUACCAAAUCCAAAAUGGGCCAAGCAUGUGAAAAGAAAACUUAUGGACGUUGCGAGAUUAGAAUAUUCUAUGAUGUUUCACAACAACCUACUACGAAGGCUCAGUGGCGGGGCUCUACUACAGCAAAUUAUCAAAGAAGCUGCGUCCAACAUAGCGGAUGGGACAAAAGCACGAGUCAUCGUGCGCACGGGUACGCCUGUCUCAGUAGCAGCAUUGUUAGCAGCGUGCGUCGCCCCUCCACCACGCUUACCCGACCCUGGUGCUGCGUUGCUAUUCGAGUUACACGAAAGACUACCUUUGCCCCAAAGCAAGAAGGAUCAAAAGAAUUUAACAGACGGCCAAAGAUUCGCGUUCAAGAUUUUUUACUGGGAUGACGACUCAGCCGAACCGCGUCUUAUGGAAGUGCCCGGUUGCAACGCGUUCUGUCCAUUGGAGACGUUUACGGAACUCACUAAAUAUAUAGUGUCUCGCGACUAUAAGAAAGACUGCACAUUGGACCCUACGUCACAGUAAAAGUUUUGUGAGAGUGUAGUGAAUGUAACGUAUAUUAUCGUUUAGCAAGAUUAAAAUAUCCAACCGAAGGCAAAACGAAUUUUAGUUACAGUAGAUGUAACGUGUGUUAUGUAAAUAUUGAUAGAGUAUUUAAUAUUUGGUUCGGCUUCAUGUACCGAAAAAAAUUGCAUGCUAUUUUAUCAACGGAAUAAGGCUGUGUUUAUAAUUGGACUUUGACAUAAUAAUGGUGUGUAAUAAAAAAGGUGUGUGUGUCGCAAUUGUAAUUAUUAAUUAUUGUAAACUUAAAGAGUGAAUAUGAAGUCGUUCGUUUAUUCUUGACGUCAAUUCUUUUAAAAUGCUUCAUAUUAUCAUAAUCAAAAGGGUGUUAAUAGAGAUUCUUUGGCUUCCUACCUUCAUCGAUCUUUAUGCCCGUCUCGUCCCGUGGAAUGUUUUUAGAGAUAUCGGUGAAUUCGUCAGCACCCCAGGUUUGAGUCCCGCGCUGCUUGAGAUACUCUGAUAUUAGAGCCGCUAUGUGUAACUGGCAACACAUGGCCUGAAAGAUAACAAAAUAUAUAAUAUCCAUCCUCGAUAUCCGUAACAAUAAAAGAUUUGGUUAUUUUAACGCCGUAUUUAAAAUUUUAACUUGUCUAAUUAUUCACGUAACAGAAAACUGAAUAAAAGUUU